GGGCGCACCGACACCCACCUACCUCGGCCCGGCUGGGACUGGCGGCGCCUCGCUGAAGAGCGCCCCCGCCCCGCGCGGGGCCUGGUCCGUCUGCGAAGCGGCCCCUUCCGCUGGGCCUGCUGCGAGCGCGGGAAGCAGGAAACCAUUUGACUUGUCUGCAUUGGACUCCUAACAAAAAGACAUGGCUGUCACACUACACACUGAUGUGGGAGAUAUUAAAAUAGAGAUAUUCUGUGAGCGAACACCUAAGGCCUGUGAAAACUUCCUGGCUCUUUGUGCUAGUAACUACUACAAUGGCUGCAUAUUUCACCGGAAUAUCAAAGGAUUCAUGGUGCAGACAGGGGAUCCAACAGGCUCUGGGAAAGGAGGUAACAGCAUUUGGGGCAGGAAAUUUGAAGAUGAAUAUAGUGAACACCUAAAGCACAGUGUCCGCGGUGUCGUUUCCAUGGCAAACAAUGGCCCAAACACCAAUGGAUCUCAGUUCUUCAUUACAUAUGGCAAACAGCCACACCUUGAUAUGAAGUAUACUGUCUUUGGGAAGGUAAUUGAUGGUCUGGAGACCCUAGAUGAGCUGGAGAAGCUCCCAGUGAAUGAGAAAACCUACCGACCUCUUAAUGAUGUUCACAUUAAGGAUGUCACAAUUCAUGCCAACCCUUUGGCUUCAUAGACAUAAAGUGCCUGGACAGAUUCCUGAGAAGCUGGUCAGACUGACUUCUAAUCAUAGUGUUGAUGUGACACUAAAAAGGUGUUAGUUAAUUUGGAUCAGACCUUUACUGCUUGAAUGCAGGACUUUCAGGAGCUGACAGCAUCAGGCAGGGUCCACUGGUGAGCCUCAAAUGGGGUUUUCUAGUUCCAGCUAUUCCAGACAGUCUGCCAAGGCUCUGAUUUAUGAACUUUUAGUUUAUUUUUUGUACAUGUAAGAUAAAGGGGAAAGAAUCUUUUUAAAAAUAUCUUUUUUUUCAAUCCUUUGGUUUUUGUCUUAAUAUAACAUCAGUUAAAAUUAGACCUGUCAAUUAAUUGCGUGAGUUAACUGUGAUUAACUCUAAUUAAUUGUUAUUAAUUGAUGUUUUAAUCGCACUGUUAAAUACUAGAAUACGUGUUGAAAUGUAUUUAAUAUUUUGGAUGUUUUUAUACAUUUUCAUGUAUAUUGAUAUCAAUUACAGUGCAGAAUACGAAGUGUAUAUUUUUUUUAUCACAAAUAUUUGCACUGUAAAAAUGAUAAACAAAAAUAUAGUAUUUUUCAAUUCAAUUCAUACAAGUUCUAUAGUGCAAUCUCUUUGUCAUGAAAGUGCAACCUGCAAAUAGAGAUUUUUUUGUUUGUUUGUUACAUAACUGUACUCAAAAUCAAAACAUUGUAAAACUUUAGAGCCUACAAGUCCACUCAGUCCUACUUCUUGUUCAGCCAAUCACUAAGACAAACAAGUUUGUUUACAUUUACAGGAGAUAAUGGUGCCCUCUCUUAUUUACAAUAUCACCAGACAGUGAGGACAGGCAUUUGCAUGACACUUUUGUAGCUGGCAUUGCAAGGUAUUUACAUGUCAGAUAUGCUAAACAUUCAUAUUUUCUCAUUUUCAGGUGACAUUGUAAACAAGAAGCGGGCAGCAUUAUCUCCUGCAAAUGUAAACACAUUUGUUUGUUUGAGCGAUUGGCUGAACCAAGAAGUAGGAGUCAGUGGACUGCAGACUAAAAUUUUACAUUGUCUUAUUUUUGAAUGCAGGGUUUUUUGUACAUAAUUGUAAGUUCAACUUUCAUGAUAAAGAGAUUGUACUGCAGUUCUUGUAUUAGGUGAAUUGAAAAAUACAAUUUCUUUUGUUUUUUUUUUACAGUGCAAAUACUUGUAAUAAAAAUACAAAGUGAGCACUGUACACUUCGUAUUCUGUGUUGUAAAUGAAUUCAAUAUGUUUAAAAAUAUGUUUUAGAAAACAUACAAAAAUAUUUAAAUAAAUGGUAUUCUGUUAUUGUUUAACAGCUCGAUUAAUCGCAAUUAAUUUGUUUAAUGGCUUGACAGCCCUAGUUAAAAUCUUUCACCAAAAAGUCAUCGUAUUGCUAUUCUUCUGAAGCUUUCUCAUUCAGUCCUAACCUACUGUAACAAUUCUUGGAAAAACAGGUACAUUAUGUACCUUUCUUCUAGGUGGAAGCACUCUCCUAGAGCUUUUUUUGCUUGUGGGUUAAAGGUUCUGCGCAGAGAAGCCCCUGCCUUUCAUUUCUCCUGCUGUGUUGAAGUCUGCUAACUUCUCCAAUCUACCCAAUAGCAAGAUCAUAAAUAACUGCUCCUCCCUCCACUAUUGCCGCUGAAAAUUGAAAUAAUUACUUCAUUUGUUAGAUGAAUACAUGCAAGUAACAUUUGUUCAAUAGAAAAGGUGUAAGUAUUUAGCUGACAAUUCACAGCCAGUCCAAAAAUCAGACUUCAGUCUUGUAAUAGAAUACAGUGUGACCUGUAAUGCAUCACCUGGGCUUAUCCUUUGCUAGUAUAUAAUAAAUAUAUGCCACCCAUUGCAA